AUGUCAGAUGUGGCUAUCGACUUCAGCUUGGAGGAGUGGCAGGACCUGGACGUUGCUCAGAGGACCUUGUAUAGGGAUGUAAUGCUGGAGACCUACCGCAACUUGUUGUCCUUGGGGCACUGUGUUUCUAAACCCAAGUUGAUUAUCAAGCUAGAGGAAGGUAUAGAAACAUGGAUGGGAGAAGCCUCAGGCAAGAAUUUCCAAGAUGUCCUGGAAAUUGAUGACAUGAUUAAGAGUUGCAAGGAAAGUCCAGAAGAAUGGUUGUGUGAAGUAGCAAUCAGCAAAAGCAACCCUGUGGAUGAAAGAAUGAGAUUAUUGAGAUCUUUUCAUUUGAGCCCUAAACACAUGCCAGAGCUGCAUAGGAAUAGUAGGAAAUCCUUAGGAAUGAGGACUGAGGCAUCCAUUGCAUAUCAGAGUAUGGUUCUCCAUUUUGAGCCUGAAGAGAUCCAUGCUGGAUCCAGGCCUGGUGUCUCUCAUGUAGAUGAAAAAUCUCUUGGCAACAUGGAGACUUUUAAUCAAAAUUCCAAGAGUCCCAGUGAGCAGCAGUAUUUCACAGAUGGUGGAGAAGGGAUUGUAUUAACCUCAAAGACCAUAUUCUUUAAAAAUAAUUGUGCUUAUGUGGGAGAAAAUCAUUAUGAAUGCAACAAAUAUGGAAAGUCCGACAAACACAUGUCAACUCUAAGAACACAUAAUGGAAUACAUAUUAGUGAGAAACAUUAUGAAUGUAAUAUAUGUGAAAAUUCCUUCAGGAGCAAGAAAAUUCUUAGAAGACAUAACAAAAUUGACUCAGGUGAGAGACCUCAUCUAUGUAACAAAUGUGGAAAAUCUUUGAGGUUGAGGACAAUUUUAAAUGCACAUAAUAGAAUUCACUCAGUUGGGAAACCAUACGAAUGUAACCAGUGUGGGAAGUCCUUCACCUGGAAAACUCAACUCAGUAUUCAUCAUGGAACUCAUACAGGAGAGAAACCUUAUAAAUGUAACACAUGUGGAAAGUCUUUUUUCAAGAAAUCAUACCUAAGUCUUCAUGAGAGAACACAUACAGGAGAGAAGCCUUAUAAAUGUAACACAUGUGGAAGAUCUUUUGCCCAGAAAUCAUACCUAAGUCUUCAUAAGAAAACACAUACUGGAGAGAAACCUUAUAAAUGUAACACAUGUGGAAGGUCUUUUGCCCAGAAAUCAUACCUAAGUCUUCAUGAGAGAAUACAUACAGGAGAGAAACCUUAUAAAUGUAACACAUGUGGAAAGUCUUAUGGCAGGAAAACAAAGCUUAGUGUUCAUGAGAGAACACAUACAGGAGAGAAACCUUAUAAAUGUAACACAUGUGGAAAGUCUUUUGCCCGUCAGUCAUGUGUUAGUGUUCAUGAGAGAACACAUACAGAAGAGAAACCUUAUAAAUGUAAGAUAUGUGGAAGGUGUUUUGAGAAAUCAUACCUAAGUCAUCAUGAGAGAACACAUACAGGAGAGAAACCUUAUAAAUGUAACACAUGUGGAAAGUAUUUUACCUGGAAAUCAGCCCUAAGUCUUCAUGAGAGAACACAUACAGGAGAGAAACCUUAUAAAUGUAUCACAUGUGGAAGGUCUUUUGCCCACAAAUCACAUGUUAAUCUUCAUGAGAGAACACAUACAGGAGAGAAACCUUAUAAAUGUAACACAUGUGGAAAGUCUUUUACCCGGAAAUCAUAUCAAAGAUUUCAUGAGAGAGCACAUACAGGAGAGCAAUCUUAUAAGUGUAACACAUGUGGAAAGUCUUUUGUCCAGAAAUCAAGCAUUACUGCUCAUGAGAGAACACAUACAGGAGAGAAACCUUACAAAUGUACCACAUGUGGAAAAUGUUUUACCCUGAAAUUAUACCUAAGACUUCAUGAGAGAAGACAUACAGGUGAGAAACCUUACAAAUGUACCACAUGUGGAAAGUGUUUUACCAGAAAUCAUAUGAUUCGUGUUCAUGAGAGAACACAUACAGGAGAGAAACCUUAUAAUUGUAACACAUGUGAAGUCUUUUACACAGAAAUCAAGCCUUAG